GUACAUAAACUGUCAUGGCGGAAAAUCAGACAAGUUUGAACUUUAUUAUGUUUGUAAUGUGAACAGAAGAGGUAUGGCAGCUGACGUACGAGGGGAAUCUAGGGGUAGCUUUCACAGUCAGUCCCAGUAUUCUGAGUCUACUGUCAUUAACCAGGAUAUCGCCGACCCGGAUCUUUUUCAAGCGGAAAUCUUCCCCACAAAAACAGAAAAAACCUCCCCGCAGAAAAAUGUUAGUUUUGCUCCAGAUUCACAUCUAGAGAGGGCUAAAAGCAUUGAAGAACUUGCAAGUAGACCUCUGAAAAUACCCAAUGGGAAUGGUCCAAGUGCAGCUAGCCAUUUGUUGGCUCGCUUGGUGGAUAGAUCAGAAAAUUCUCAGGCCUUGAGAGUUGCCAGGGGUCAACCAAGAGUGGCCCCUUCUGUGGUGCCUCCUAUUGGAAAGAAACAACCAUCAUUACCAGGUCCCUUUUCACCAAGCCCUCCACCACCAAAGAGUAAUGGCACCGCUGCACCACCAGCAUACUUCCGGACAACCCUUUUUAAGAAGGACUAUCAGAAAAGGCAACAACAAAGAAAAGAGCCAACACAAGAGGAUUUGCCGCUCACAGUGGAUAGGAUACACAAGCAGGUGCCCCCAUCCCCUGCCCCCUCCAUGACAAUGGAUGAGAUCCCCCCAGAGGAGGCAGAGGAAUUGGAGGUAAUGGCCGAGCUCCAGGAACUCAUGGGACCCGGGACUGAAGCCAGCACAGUCAUAAGAUCAGAGAGUGUGGCAGAAAUGGAAGAUCUGGAAACCCCAAUCAGCAGAGAGGGGGCAUCCACUGGUGAUAAAUCGAUCAAACUCUCCAAGAGUCACAGCGCUACAUCCAAACCAGGAACUUCUUACACCAAUUUCUCAGUUCCCUCUCCUACAAAGGAGGAACAAGAGGAAGACGCUAAGCUACAGUCUAUGAUGGAGAAAUAUCCCGAAACCAUUCCAAUUAUUGAUGAAAUCAAGGAUGAUAAAGCUUCCACUGAUGCUAAAGGCAAGGGAAAAGCUGACCAGCUGGCCAAAGCAGCCGCCAGAAAAUCAUCUGGGAGGAAAAAAGACAUGAGUCACGUCCUCUCUUACUUGAAGAAAAACAAAUAUGAUGAUACAGUUCCAGAAAAUGAUGACAUAAUGGAGAACCUUAUAAAGCUAAGGGAAAGGUUAGGAUGGAAGACUGAGAUUCCUCGUCAUGCGAUGGGGUGCAGGGCCGCAAUGGAAAAACUGAAGGAUCUCCCAGAAAAUGAAAAGGAGCGAGCCAAAAUGAAGGAGGACGAUGGAGAAUUUUUAUACUGUCUGCCCAGACAGAGGAAAAAUCGUCGAGCCAGAUAUGAUCCUUUUGAUUUACAAGUUGUCUCCCCUAAUGAGGCCCAGAAGUCUGAUCAGUAUUACACAAUAUCUGCUUCCUUUAUCACAAGGAUUAUCCAGAGUAAGUCAGAGACCUUCAACACCCCAGUUCUGUGGUGGUUAUGGGAGAGAAGACUUUUCUACAUGGUGUACAACUUCCCAGUCUUUGUCAAGUUUAGGUUAUGGAAAACUUUCAAACAAUGGAAAAGAAAUGUAAGACUACAGAAAAGCAGCCAAAGCAGGGCUGUCUUAUACAAGACUCUCUUCAUUGCUAACGAGAUCCUGCAGGGUUGUCUUGUCCAUGUCAGGAAGCUGUGCGAGGCGGCCUCGGGGAGCCUGAGCGGACUAGGGGAGGGGGAACACGCCAUCUCCCUCGUGUGUCUGGACAAGACCCAGACUCUGACACUGGAGGAUUUCAUGUCCAUACAGCAUCAGCAGGGAGAUAAAGCCCUGAAACAGCUGAAUGCACUGAGGGAAAAAAUUAUCAAUUUAGUCUGGGAAUCUUGUGCUACUGUGGCUGAGAUGGAGGGCAUUACUACAGGAAUCCGAGAUGACAACAAUCCAAAGAAAGUGAAGAUAAAGGUUCCUAAGGAGGAAGCCCCUGUAGCUGUCACCAGUAAAACCAAGCUACAGGAGAAAUACGGCUUCACAAGCAAAACAUCGGCCAUAGCCAAAACUACAGAAAAAAGUAGAGUGAAGCCAUUGUAUGCUGAGAUUUCUGAAUGGAGGAAGAUCUUGUCACGCCUGUGUAGUUUUCUCCGAUCUGUGGACUACCUGAUUUUGGAGAUGUUAAGACGUUUAGUGUUGACAGCGGUUCGCCAAUUGCUGGACCACCUGGUGGCAUCGUAUAACGUCACUGAUGAAGACGAAGAAAAGGCUUCUUCUUACAUACCAUCUGAACACACCUCUGCUAGCAAUUCUCCCGAGCCAGAAAACCGAGACAAAAUUCAGAUGAGUGAACAUGGAACUCAUUCAGAGAGAAGUGACAGUGUUUCCUCUAUAAGCAGGCCUAUGACUGCGGCAAGUCACAGUCAAACCAGCAGUAAACCUAAGCUCCCGCCCCCACCCAAGGCAGAUACCCCCUACGAGAUCCCACAUUUUGACUUUGAUCAACCAGAAAUCGUAGAGGGACCACCGGAUGUAGAUGAGGUUUUGGAGGAAAUUAGACAGAAAGACGUGGUAGAGGAAAUCAUAGCCCCAGUCUUUAGUAUUCAGCUGGUGCUAAAUGUCCCGGGGACCGAAAAACCCCAGAAAGAGGAGAGAAAAAGACACAGACGAGGAAAGUCCUACUCACCAGACAAGAGUGGAUAUUUCAGCAAUGGAAAAACAGACUCCGCUUCCACACGUAAAACUGUCCAGUUUCAGGAUAUUCAUGAGACUUCAGAGACUGAAUCGGAGUCUGAGGAGAGUGAUUCUGAGUACUCUGGGGAGGAGCAGGACCACAGGAGGAGGGACAGCUCCGAGACUGAGGAGUCUGAGGAUGAGGACAGGACUCCUCGCGAGGAUUACGCCUACCCAGAGCAGGAGAAAAGGAGUAAAGGAGGCAAAAAGAAAUCCUAUGUGACUUUGUCUCCAACUGAGUAUGAAUUUAAAUCUGGAAUCAGGACCAUCAUAUGUGGAUUUGAAAACACAAUAGCUCAAGUUGUGUCCAUGUUAAGAGAGCCAAAAUUGAAGGUAUUUUAUUCACCACCUUCCCAUGACCUUAGAUUGAACUUUGAUCAGGAAGAAGAAAGAGACCGAAUGGAAUACCAGCGACCUUGGCCUGACCUUGAAAAUCUUUUUGGUGAUGACCCAGAAUACCAAAAAUAUCUUACUGACCUUGGUUCAUACAUGGCAAUGCAACUGGAACAAGUUAAACAAUUCUCUCAUAACUUUGAUCAGUACUGUGAAAUGGUGGACAAGAGUAAAGCCCUAGACAUUGAUGAAUCCAUGGCCAGACAUGAAUGGUCCACAGAGGAAUUCAGUCAUGUUCUACCAACCUUCACAGAAAUGGUUAAGGAGAUGAGGAAGAUGACCGUGAAGAGGAGAUGUGCGAUGGUUCUGGUGAUGAGCUCUAGCUUCAGGGAUUCCUGUCUCCCCUACCCCCAGGAGAUCAUCAAUAAGACCCACCAUAAACUGCCCAUCAUAGCCAACAAAAGAAACGAAGAUCUGCUUACUAUUAUUAAGGGUGCAGCAAGAAAAUUGGAGGACUAUCCUAAAUCUGUGGAGGAAUUUGUUGAACAUUUGUCUUUCCUGUCCAAGAUGACAUCUGAAAUCACAGCCCUUGAUAAGGAGUUCCUGAUCGUAAACAAGUUGUUCACCAUUGCCAAGGAUUUCUCUGUAAAGAUUGAACCAGAAGACCUGGCCCUGUACCAGACAUUGGGUCCAAGUUUCCAGGGGCUGAAAAAUGCCAUACUGGUAGGAGAAGCUAAGAAAGAUGAAAACAUCCGUAAAUUCAGCCAGGACUUGGAUACGCUCAUUUAUAAGAUUCGCACCAAACUGAUGGAGAUCAAAAACCGAGUCCGUGACCCAGAUCUCCUCAGUACUGACAUUAUAGCAGUGGCCGCUCUGAGUAAGCUCGACUCGAUUCAGAGCGAGGUGAGCUCUCUGUCUACAAAAGCUAGGAGCUAUGCAAGCUACCAGGAGCGAUUCGGAAGCUCACUGUCCAACUCUAAGAGGGGCAUGUAUGGAGAGGAAUACAUGUUGAUGGAUCGCUAUGACAGCCAGAGUGCCACAGAGAUUCAGGCUGACCUUUCUGACAUUGAACGUGACCUGACCUUGAGACAGUUGCUAUGGCAAUCCCAGGAGGAAUGGGACAAGUUGUAUGAGGAAUGGACAGCCACACCAUUUGAUUCUUUACAAGUAGAGUUACUACAGAAAAAUGUCAACCGAUUCACACAAACUGUUUACAUGUUGGAAAAAGGUUUACCCUCUAAUGAGGUCCUGCCCAUUCUGAAGGAGAAAGUGACAGAAUUUAAACACGGCAUGCCAGUCAUCACAUCUCUAAGGAAUCCAUCUCUGAAGGCCCGCCAUUGGCAGCUGAUUGAGAGGCUGAUCCAGAAGUCCAUCGCCCGGGAUAAGAACUUCACCCUGGCUAACCUUCUGGAAAUGAAUAUUUUCAAGCAUAAAGAAAAGAUUCAAGAAAUCUCUACCAAAGCAAGCAAUGAAGCCACACUGGAACUCAUGUUGGAGAAGAUUAUCAACUUUUGGCAGAACACGGAUUUCCAUCUGUCUCCACACCAGGGUAGAGACACCUUUAUCAUCGCUGGAGCAGACGACAUCAUGGCCCAGUUAGAAGAAAGUCAGGUUACCAUAGGAACCAUUAAAGCAUCAAGAUACAUUGCUCCAAUCCAGACUCAAGUUGACCAAUGGGAGAGCAAGCUUGGUGUAUUUUCUAGAACUUUAGAUGAAUGGUUGACAGUACAGAGAAUGUACCUUUACUUGGAACCAAUUUUUAGUGCCCCAGAUAUCCAGAGGACAUUACCUGGAGAUGCCAAGUUGUUCACUGCAGUGGACAAGUCGUGGAAGGACAUCAUGAGGAGGGUGGAGGAUCGCAGGAACGCCCUGAAGGCGGCGACCACCACAGGGACCCUAGAAACACUGACUUCCUGUAGACAGAAUCUGGAGAAAAUACAGAAAAGCUUAGAGGAGUAUUUGGAUUCCAGGAGAGUUGUCUUCCCUAGAUUUUACUUUCUUAGUAAUGAUGAACUUUUGGAAAUUCUGGGUGCCCAAUCCAAAGAUCUCAAUGCUGUUCAGCCUCAUCUUGGCAAGUGUUUUGGCAACAUCAAAUAUCUAGAGAUUGGUCAGAAUCCACCUACCAUCAAAACCAUGAUUUCUUCUGAAGGAGAAAGAGUUGCCAUGCCAAAGAACAUAAGAGCCAGAGGUUCUGUUGAACAAUGGUUGGUUUAUGUGGAAAAUGGAAUGAUAGACACUGUCAAAAAACACCUGAAGUUAGGCUUGGCAGAUUGGCUUGGAGCAGACCAGAGAGAGUGGGUCCUGAAGCAUCCUGGUCAAGUGGUCCUCACUGUGACACAGAUUAUGUUCAACAAGAAUGUCAUUCAGUGCUUUGACCUGCCCAAUGUGGUGAACAGCUUGAUUGAAGUUAAGGACAAGCUGGUGGACUCCUUGAACAUUUUAGCUCGCAUGGUCUCUGGCAACAUUCUGUCUCAUCAAAGGGAGAGCAUCAUGGCCCUACUGACCAUCAAUGUGCACAACAGAGAUAUCUUACUGGGCAUGAUUGAGCAACAGAUCCAAAAAGUGGAUGACUUUAUGUGGACUAAACAGCUGAGAUAUGAGUGGGAUGAGCAGAGUAACAAUUGUUUUGUGAUGCAGUCUAAUGCCCGGUUCCAGUAUGGGUAUGAGUACCUGGGAUGUUCCCCCCGCCUAGUCAUCACCCCCCUUACUGACCGGUGUUACCUCACCCUCACAGGGGCCCUACACCUACAUCUAGGGGGGUCACCUGCAGGGCCUGCUGGAACAGGAAAGACAGAAACUGUGAAAGAUUUGGCCAAGGGUGUGGGGAAGCAGUGUGUGGUCUUUAACUGUUCGGAGGGUCUGGAAUACCACACCCUGGGGAAGUUUUUCUCUGGUCUGGCUCAGUCUGGAAGCUGGUGCUGCUUUGAUGAAUUCAACAGGAUUGAUCUGGAAGUGUUGUCUGUUGUGGCUCAGCAGAUCCUGAUGAUAAAACAAGCCAAAGACAGAGAGGAUCUGAGGUUUAUGUUUGAAGGAAAAGACAUCAAGCUGAAUCCCACAUGUGGAUACUUUAUAACAAUGAAUCCCACGUAUGCUGGGAGGGUAGACCUACCUGACAACUUGAAGUCCCAGUUCAGGCCGGUAGCCAUGAUGGUGCCUCACUAUGACCAGAUUGCAGAGAUCAUGCUGUUCUCCGAGGGUUUCAUUGCCGCCAAAUCUCUGUCCAGGAAGAUUGUAAACUUGUAUCAACUGGCCAGUAAACAGCUGUCCCAACAAGACCACUACGACUUCGGAAUGAGAGCUAUCAAGUCUGUGCUGGUCAUGGCGGGUCAUGGGAGAUACAAGGAGCAGCAUAAGGGUAACCAUGCUGUUAACCUAACAGAGGAUGUGGAGUCCUAUAUUUUGAUCCACUCCCUGAGGGAUGCUAACCUCCCUAAGUUUCUGGCAGAAGACGUCCCUCUGUUUGAGAAUAUCCUGGAUGAUCUCUUCCCAGGAGUUGUCCCCCCUGAACCAGAUUAUGGAGUUCUAGAGAGAGCCAUAAACAUAGCCGUUAGAGACAACAAUCUACAGAACUGGCCUCAUCAGAUAGACAAGGUGAAGCAGUUCUAUAAUCAGAUAAUGGUCCGUCACGGCAUCAUGUUGGUGGGGCCCACAGGAGGGGGCAAGACCACGGUCAGAACAAUCCUUCAGAAGGCUCUAAUUCUGAUGCCCACAAUCAUACCCCAGGAGGAGAAAGAGACCUCCAGGAAACAGAGCAUGUUCCCUGGUAGCAGACUGAAGAAGGGACAUGUUGAGUUGUUCUCUGUGAACCCUAAGAGUGUCCAGUCUUCUGAGUUGUUUGGGGACUUUGACCCAUACACCAGGGACUGGACUGACGGACUUAUUGCUCUGGCAACCAGAAAAUUCUCCAAUGAAUUACAGCAACAACAUGGCACACCAGAGGAGCAUGCUGGGAGACCUGUAUCCACUGGCAACAAUAUGGCUAACAUAUCAGAUGCUUCUCAGACAUUGAUGCAAGAUGAAAAGGAUGAAGAUGCGGAGAAGAAGGAUCACAUGGACAAAGUGAUAACAAACUGGAGGUGGCUGAUAUUAGACGGACCGGUGGAUACUAUCUGGGUGGAGAAUCUCAACACUGUACUGGACGAUUCUAAGGUCCUCUGUCUGGCCAACGGUCACAGAAUCAGUCUACCCAGCGGGAUGAGGCUUAUUUUUGAAGUGGACAACUUAUCAGAGGCCAGCCCUGCCACCAUCAGUAGAUGUGCCAUGGUUUACAUGGACCCAGUAGACCUGGGUUGGAGACCAUUUGUAAAGACCUGGUUACAGAAACUUCCCAGAGAAAUGCCAGAAAGUGGACGUCGACAUCUUCAACAGCUGUUUGAUUACACGAUUGAGAAAGGUCUUAAGUUUGUCAGGAAGUACUGUAACUACCUGAUGAUGGAGGUGCCAGAGAUGUGCUAUAUAAUGACUCUGUGUAACAUUCUGUCAUCAUUUCUGGACUUCCUGUCUAAACAUGGAGGAUUUGGAGCUCCAGACAAAGUAGAGAGUAAAGAGGAUAAUGAGGAGAGAAGACCAGAGAGUAGGGCCUCAAGUCGUAGCUCCUCCAGGGCAUCAAAGAGCAAGGGCCUUAAAAAGAGGACCACCAAAAAGGUGCCCUCAAAAACAAAGGACGUCACCUUUAAGACGGAGGAUACUAGUUCUGUCAAAAGUUCAAGUUUUGUUAGUUCUUCACACUCUGAUAUCCUCCAGAGUGACAAGGUGUACUACCUACAGAAGAACCCCAAUCAGCUCCUUAACAUGCUGGGUAAACUGUUUGCGUUUUCUUUCACCUGGAGUAUUGGAGGUAUGUUCAAGCGCCAGGAGGAUGCUGAUGACGACGACAUGAUCAGGCGGGGCCAGGACAAGGGGGAGAGGGAUGCCAAUAUCUGUAACGAGUUUGACAACUUCAUGCAUGAGUUAUUUGAAGUGGAACCACCACUCGGAGUAAGGUUGCCAACAGGAAAUAAGGUCAUCUAUGCCUACUUUAUUGAUAUGGAGUCUGGUAACUUUGUAUCCUGGGAUGUUCUGGUGCCAAAGACCAAGUCCCUGAUAGAGAAGGGAGCCGUCAUAACUAUAGGGGAGACAAUGGGGGUUUCUGGGGGACACAAGAAGAAGAGAGAAGAGGCUGAGAUUACCCCCACUGUGGACCUCAUCCGAUUCUCAUUCCUGUCUGGACUUCUGCUUCUGCACAAACAUCCAGUGCUGCUUACAGGAGAAUCUGGUGUUGGCAAGUCGGCCAUUAUUAACCACAUGUUAGGCAGACUGGGACAAGAUGGCGGAACAUCCACUAAGAGUGGCACGGUGCUGGGUCAGAUUCUCAGCUACUCCGACAAGACCAACACACUACUGGAGAGUAUCUCAAAACUCACAGAAAUGGACAACAACGACGAGUCCAAAAGCAUCGACGUCCUGCUGGGAACGGCCAAACCUAAAAGUUCUACUGGAGUGAUUAGUUCCAUGAUUCAGUUCUCAGCUCAGACGACAGCAGCUAGACUUAAGGCUCACAUAAUGCACAAACUUAUCAAAAAGGGCAAGGACACUCUGGGGGCUCCCCGAGGGAAAAAGGUGCUGGUGUUUGUGGAUGAUUUGAGCAUGCCCGCCCCUGAGGUAUAUGGAGCUCAGCCACCACUGGAGUUACUGAGGCAGUUCUUGGAACUUGGUGGAUUUUAUCAUGCCGGGAAAGCUCAUCUUGUAUGGAAGGACAUUUAUGAUGUCCAUGUGGUGGCAGCCUGUGGACCACCAGGUGGAGGCAGGAACCCCAUCAGUCCAAGGCUCCUCAAACACUUCAGCAUUUUUGCUCUACCCCAGCCAUCUACCAGGUCCCUCCAGCACAUCUAUCAAGUGCAGUUAGGUCGCUUCUUCCAGGAGGGGGAAUUUGCUACAGAAGUGACAGAACUGCAGCUCCCCCUGGUGUCGGCUGCCAUCGCGGUAUACUACAGGAUGUGUGGUAGCAUGCUGCCAACUCCUGCUAAAUCUCACUAUACAUUCAACCUCAGGGACUUGUCCAAGGUUAUACAAGGACUUCUCCAAGCCCAUGAGUCUGUCAUCGUGAGCAAAGAUAACGUGGCUCAGCUGUUUGCUCACGAGGCCACUCGAGUUUUCCAUGAUCGUCUCAUCUGCCUGGAGGACAGAGACACUUUCUUCCAGUUCCUGUCUGACACUCUACAUGACCACUUCAAGGUCAAAUGGACAAAAGAGAAACUGAUGAAUGAGCAAGUUUUGUUUGGAGAUUUCUUUGAGCUGCAGGAGUCUAAGUCUGCUCGGGUGUACCACCCCAUGUCUGACCGUAACAAGCUCUCUCAGAUCCUGGAGGAAUAUUACCUCAGGAUGAACUACGGCAACACCAAGCAUCAUGAGGAAUCAGUAGAUAUUGAGGAGGAAAGCUCCAGGUUGAUGUAUAUAAGUAUAAAUGCUACACAAAUGGUGUUCUUCAAAGAUGCAGUGGAGCACAUCACUCGCGCAGCCAGAGUGUUCAGACAGCCCGGGGGUCACAUGUUACUGGUUGGUAUGGAUGGAACAGGGAAAUCCACCAUUGUCCAGCUGGCCAGUCACAUUGCUGGGUGUGAAUUGUUUAAACUGUCCCUCCACAGAGGCUAUGGGACCACAGAGUUCAGAGAAGACCUCUCUAAAGUGUUCAAGUACAGCGGGGUCAAGGGCACAAAGAUCGUCUUCUUACUGACAGAUUCUGAUAUUGUCAAGGAAUCAUUCCUUGAAGACAUCAACUGUAUCCUGAACUCUGGUGAGGUUCCUGACUUGUUUGACUCGGAGGAGAGAGAUGGGAUCAGAAUGGACCUCAAACAGGCUGCCUCGGAGGCGGACAUUCCCGACACUAAGGAGUCCGUGUACCAGUUCUUUAUUCACCGCGUCAGACAGAACCUCCACGUGGUGCUGACCAUGAGUCCCGCCGGCGGCAAGUUCAGACAGCGAUGCCGCAUGAACCCUGCCCUCAUUAACUGCUGCACCAUUGACUGGUAUGAUGAGUGGGAGGAGGAGGCCAUGUUGAAUGUGGCCCAGGUCUUCUUCUCUAACGCAGAGUUUAUAACCAGUGAAGACUUGGAUAUAGAGGCAUUGAAGACGAAGGUAGGUCAGGUGUGUGUGGACAUUCACAAGUCGAUCGGGAAAAUGUCGGUGAGGUACUGGGAGGAGAUGAGGCGCCAUUACUACUCCACCCCCAGCAGUUACAUGGAGCUCAUCAGACUCUACUCCAAAAUGCUGAAAGAAAAUAAAAUGGAGUUUGUCAAUAACAAAAACCGUCUAAAUGUUGGACUGUUUAAGUUGUCUGAGGCCAACUCACUUGUUGGAGAGAUGUCUGUAGAGUUAGAGACACUGGGUCCAAAGAUUGAAGAGAAACAAAGGGACACAGAGAUCCUGUUAGAGCAGUUAAAGAAAGACCAGGAGGCUGUACAGGAAGUACAGGAGAUUGUGGAACAGGAAGAGGGAGUGAUGCAGCGGGAGACACAGAUCGUACAGGACUAUGCUGAUGAAUGUCAGAGAGAUCUGUCGUCAGUCAUUCCCACUCUGAUCAUGGCGACUGAGGCCUUGGAUACCCUGGACAAGGCAGCCAUUUCUGAGAUUCGAGUGUACACUAAGCCGCCAUUCCUAGUGAUGACUGUCAUGGCUGCUGUCUGUAUCCUGCUGCAGAAGAAGCCUGACUGGAUGGUGGCUAAAACACUACUGGGAGAUCCCAACUUCUUAAAGAGGCUCAAACAGAUUGACAAGGAUAGUCUGCCAGACAAGGUUUUCCACAAGCUGAAGAAAUACUCUAAGAAUCCAGAUUUCAAUCCAGAUAAAGUGGGGACUGUCUCCUAUGCCUGUAAGUCUAUCUGUGCCUGGGUGCUGGCUCUGGAGCAUUACAAUGAAGUCUACAAGAUGGUAAAACCAAAACAAAGGAGAGUAGAGGAAGCAAAGGAGGCACUCCAGCUGGCAGAGCAUAGCUUGGCUCAAAAACAGAAAAGUCUCAAGAAGAUUCAAGACCACCUGAAUACCCUACAACAACAAUACAGAGACAGUGUAAAUCAGAGGGAAUCUCUCAAACAACAUAAAAUCACUACUGGGCUCAGACUCAAACGAGCCUCCAUACUCAUCGAUGCCUUGGGGGGAGAGAAGGUAAGAUGGGCAGAGUCUGUGAAUGUACUGGAUGAGAAGUUGUCAGGACUGGUGGGGGACACAUUAGUAGCUGCCGCGGCUGUGGCAUACAUUGGACCAUUCACAGCCAAGUACAGGAAGGAACUCAUCUCGUCCUGGGUGGACCUGUGUAAACACUACAACAUUCCUAUCUCCAAAACCUUCGAUCUAGUCAAAAGCACUGUGGAUGCUUAUCAAGUUUUAAAAUGGCAAAAUAAAGGCUUACCACAGGACAACCAUUCCACAGAGAAUGCUCUGAUAGUGAGGAAAACAAAAAGAUGGCCAUUGUUUAUAGAUCCACAGGGACAAGCUGUCAAUUAUAUCAAAGAGAGAAAGGGAAGUGGCCUGGAGGUUGUGGAUGCCUCUGAUCCUAACUACAUGAAAACACUGGAGACGGCCAUUAGAGUAGGACAGCCCAUGUUACUGAAGGAUGUUUCUGAGCAGCUGGAUCCUGCCCUGAGACCAGUCCUUUUACAUGAGACCUUCCAAAGGGGAGGGCAAACGGUCAUCAAACUGGGAGACACAGAAAUAGAGUACAACUCUAAAUUCAGGUUGUAUAUGACAACUUCAGUGGCCAACCCCCACUAUUUACCAGCAGUUUAUAUCCAGGUCAACAUCAUCAACUUCACUGUCACAUUCGAUGGACUCCAGGAGCAACUCUUGUCUGCUGUUGUCAGACAGGAAAAACCUAUUCUAGAGAGUCAGCGCAGUGACUUAUUAGGAAGUAUAGCAGACGAUGUGAAGGCCUUGAGAGAUUUAGAAGACAGGUCACUCAGCCUCCUCCAAAACACAGAAGGCCACAUUUUGGAUGACCAGGACUUGGUGGACACAUUACAGCAGAGUAAAGGAAAGUCAACAGAGAUCACAAAGAGAGUGGCUCAAUCUGAGGAGACCGAGAAAAAACUCAACCUGGCCAGAAAACGAUAUCUGCCGGUUGCCACUCGAGGUGCUACUUUAUACUUUGUUUUGGCUGAUUUGGCCCAGAUAGCUGUCAUGUACCAGUUCUCCCUGGACUGGUUCAAGGACAUGUUUAUCUCCUGUAUCAGUAACCCACAACUGACCCACGGUCAGACGGACCUGGCCCUGCUUCAGGACGGACAGAAAGGUGGGCGAAGGAAGUCUAGUCUGGCCCACUUAGUGGGCACUCUGAGGCCCAGCAGUAGGCAGGGCAGUGUCUCCUCCACACCCAGGCCCAGUAUUGCUGAAGUUCUGAAGGAGACUCCAGCAGAAAAUCCUGUGGAACUGAAAAAACAUAUGUUGGAGAUGAUAACAAGGUUGACAUACAGUAUAUACCGUGUGGUGUCUGUGGCACUAUUUGCUCACCACCAGUUGACCUUCUCCUUCAUGCUGUGCUCCAGUAUAAUGAGAGCCAAUGAUAAAUAUGAGGAUGUCACCACCAUUGGGAAGAUCUGCGAGUUUGACUGGAGUGUUUUUCUACAGGGUAAUAUCCUGGCUAACAUGAUGGAUGAGAAAGAUAUCCAGGAAUAUGACGGUUUGACACCCAUGGAGCGACUUGAGUAUCAGGCUAGGUCAGGGGAUCCAAAUGCCCCUCCCAAGAAAGCGCCCCCUAUCUGGGUGACUGAUGCCAUGUGGCGCCAGUGUCAGCAGUUGGAGAGCAGUAUGUCCAGUUUUGCCGGACUCUGUAGAAGUCUGAUUACGGACCAUCUCCACUGGGAACUGCUCAAACAAAUGGAGGAUCCCUACAAAGGCAUGCAGACAAGUUACAAGGAACUGACUGGUGAUGAUCCUAAACACAAAUAUGGAACAAUAUUUGCCUGGGAGAAAUUGUCAGCCUUCCAUCGACUGAUCCUGAUCAAGAUCCUGCGACCUGAUGCCUUGAUGACCUCCAUAGGUCAAUUUGUGGAGCAGCACUUGGGACCUAACUUUAUAUCCUCUGGGUCAUUUGAUCUGAAGGAGAUUUAUGAUGAUUCUUCAGCUAAAACGCCUCUCAUCUUCAUCCUCUCACCAGGAACCGACCCCCUAGCACAACUGGUGAGGUUUGCAGAAGAUCUUCGAGGCAGUGCCUUACACCUGGAUAUGAUCUCCCUGGGACGAGACCAAGGCCCCAAGGCAGAGGAGCUGAUCUCCAAGGCACAGAUCCUCAAAGGCCGCUGGGUGUUCCUACAGAAUUGUCACCUAGCAGCCUCCUUUAUGCCUAGGCUCCAGGCCAUUGUGGAAAAGCUAAGUCACGCUGGAGAUGACCUUGAUCCACAGUUCCGACUUUGGCUCAGCUCCAAACCCGAUCCAAGUUUCCCAAUAUCCAUACUACAGACUGGAAUGAAGAUGACAGUAGAGCCUCCACAAGGCCUGAAGUCUAACAUGCUGCGGUCGUUUGGGAGUGGGGGGACGGGAACCAUCACGGAGAAGAAGUUUGAGUACAAGGAGGCAGGGCCUGACUGGCAGAAACUCCUGUUUGGUCUCUGUCUAUUUAACAGUGUCAUCCACGAACGCAAGAAAUAUGGCCGCCUGGGAUGGAACAUUCUCUACGGCUUUAAUGAUUCUGAUCUCUCUGUGUCUGUGCGACAGCUGCAGAACUUACUUGAGGAGCAUGAUGAGAUUCCGUGGGAGGCCUUGACCUUCCUGAUUGGGGAGGUUAUUUAUGGAGGUCGUGUGACAGACGAGUGGGACAUGAGGUGCCUGGGGGCCCUCCUCAAGAGGUUCUUCUGUCCCGAGGCCCUGACCCCAGACUAUUCCUACUCACCAGACGGGCUUUAUCGUCCCAUAAAAUCAGACAUCCCAUUCUCUGAGGUCAUAACUUAUUUGGAGAGCCUCCCAAACUACGACUCGCCCGAGCUGUUUGGAAUGACUAACAAUGCAGAGAAGGCGUGUCGUGAAAUGCAGGCCCAGGAUUUGAUUGAAACCAUUAUAAAUGUACAACCAAGAUUGUCACUGGAUAUCUUAGGAACUGAGAAGAGUAAUGAUGAUGUGGUACUGGAGGUGGCCAAUGAUAUCCUGAGGCUGUUACCGGUCAGUAUAGAGGAGUUUACAGACGUCAGGGAGUCCCAUGGGGCACAGAUCCAGAACAUCCCCCGACCCACACUCAAAGACAUCCUCUUUAAGGAGGCACCAGAACUGAAAGACAAAGAGAAGGAAAAAAUUGUACAGGAGGCCAUUGAUACAGUGGUGGGUAACUCUGCCUUGAUGACCGUCCUCCGACAGGAAGUGGACCGUUUUAACAAUCUGUUGUCCAUCAUCCACGAGUCCCUGAAGGCCCUCAUCCUGGCCGUGAAGGGGGAAGUCAUCAUGUCAGAAUCUCUGGAGGAGGCCUACACAGCUCUACUUAGUCAGAAAGUCCCUCAGAACUGGAAGAGUGCAUCCUACGAGUCUUGUAAGCAGCUAGGAUCCUGGACACAUGAUCUGUUGAUGAGGGUGGAAUUCUUUGCCACUUGGGCUGGUCUUAUUUGUGAAAAUGUAGAGAAAAUCAUCAAAGCUAACCUUCUGACCACCAAACAACAGACGACAGCCCCUCCACCAGAUUUAGAACCAGAGGAUCUCACCAGGAACCAGCCCAGGGCCUUCUGGUUAUCUGGUUUCUUCUUCCCACAAGGAUUCCUAACGGGAGUUCAGCAGAAUCAUGCCAGAAAGCUGGGUAUCUCUGUGGAUUCCCUUGUGUUCAACUUCCAUGUGAAAACCAAAUCCACUGACACUGAGGAAUCUCUGAGUGAUCUCAAACACAAACACUCCAUUAAAAUUACUGCAUUUAAGGGUAACAAUGCCCCUGAGAAUGGGGUAAUGGUGUUUGGUCUCUUCCUGGAUGGUGCAUGCUGGGAUCCCAAUCAUGAAUGUCUGAAUGACUCCAGGCCUGGGGAGAGAUUCUCCAAGCUUCCAGAAAUUCAUUUUGAACCAGUACAGAUUUCCACUUUGUCCACUCCAACAGAAACUAAUGAAGCCACUACAAGCAGUACUAGUGUACCGACAAAACAGACUUACAAAUGUCCACUAUACCGGACAUCAGAGAGGGCGGGGACUCUGUCCUCCACUGGACACUCCACAAACUUUGUCACCGCUGUAGAUUUACCGUCCAAACAUCCGUCCGACUUCUGGGUGAUGAGAGGAAUCGCCAUGCUGUGUCAGUUAGAUGACUGAAGUGCUGAGUUGGUAGUUUUCUACAAUAACUACAUUAUAUGUUACUUGUCUAAUGCAUUAUUUUUUUAAUGUUGUUUUUGGAAAAAAAAGUUAACAUAUUUGUUGAGAGAUUUGUAUAAAUUACACAUAAUUUUGUUUGUUUUAUUGCUGCUGACAGAAACUGUGAUUUAAUAUACAGACUGCUGAAUCCACCUUUUAUCUGUUCUAUGAAAUGUUAAGGGUAGCAUUUAAAAAAAAGGAUUUCCUAUUUAAUUCAAUGUGAUAUUUAUAGAAGACUGUGCCUUGUAUAUCAAUAUUCCUCAGACUGCUGAACCCAACUAGUGUAUGUAUUAUGUUACUGUUUAUAUUACAGCUUGUUGUAUAUAUAUGUCACACAGAGUUGAACUUAUUUUAUUAUAUUAGGAGCAAGAAUCCUGAUUUUUAUUUAAAUGAUGUCUAAUGGGUAUUUUACAUACCAUAUUGUCCCGAAUACCAAACUCUUACUUCUGUGAUAACGUUGGCAUGUACCAUAAACUUGUUUUGAAGACAACAAAUAAAAAUUGAAAUUAUUUU